AUGGAGAGCAUUCAACUUGCCCAGAUGUUGGCCGAUCUCAGCGAUCUAAAUGCAGCUCAAGAAUCACAGGCCGCAAUUGCGGUCGUCAACGCAAACAAGAGCGCCGGUCAGCCCGCUGCGGAAUCGUCGCAUCAGUCUUUGAAGCCAUCGACCGACCAGCCUCCCAUCCGCCCUAAUCAACUCCAACACCAACGUGUCGCUUCCACAACCUCACUACUGUCGAGGACGGCCUCAUCCGCCAGAUAUGACAAAUACGGCCGUCCUCUUGCAACUCCCCCCAUGACGCGGACGAACUCGAACCAUGGGUCCAUCCCCGGCACUCCACGAAGAGAAUCCGAGCCCGAAGAUGACAUUGACCGAGCCCAUUCCCUGAUGGCAUUAUACGAGAUCCGCACGAAGCUGAAGCAGCAAGACACCACAAGCAUUGACAAGCUCAGAGACAAGAUAGCCGCAUUGCAAUCCCGCUACCAGACGGACAAGAAGGAUGGCUCAGAUGCCAAAAUAAGUCGUUUCAUCUAUCCCAAGACCCAAUCACCGCCAUCUUCGUGA